AUGACUGGUGUUGACAAACCAUGGACCAUAAUUGUGGGCGCUGGACCUUCCGGCUUGCUUCUAGGUUUGAUGCUCGCCAAAAAAGGCGUUCCAGUUCAAGUCUUGGAGGGAUCCUCGGAGCUGGAUGAUUCUCCUCGGGCAGCUUACUAUGGUCCUCCGGCUGCGUACGAGCUACGACGUGCCGGAGUCAUCGAGGAGGUUCGAAAGCAAGGAUUCGAUCCCAUCAGGACUUGUUGGAGGAAGCUCGACGGUACCUAUCUCGCUGGUUUCGACAACAGUCUCCUGUUUGACGAUCAAGAUCGACAGGCAUGUCUGCCCCUGGCCCAACUAGAUCGACUGCUGUACAAACAUGCCAUUGCGCAACCGACGCUCAAAGUGAGCUUUAAUCACAAGGUUGUGGACCUUGGCCAGGAUACAGAGAAGGCGUGGGCAGAUGUGGACACACCGGAUGGCAGGAAGCGCCUAGAAGCAGCUUACAUCGUAGGAUGCGAUGGGGCCUCAAGUACGGUUAGGAAAUGCCUGUACGGGGACAAAGACUUCCCUGGCUUCACCUGGGACAAACAGAUCGUCGCGACGAAUGUGGCCUAUCCAUUUGAAAAGUACGGCUAUGACGAUGCCAACUUCUUCAUCCAUCCGGAGCAUUGGCAUAUGGUGGCUCGCCUCACGAAGAACCCCGAUGGUAGCGGCUGGUGGCGAGUGAGCUAUGGAGAGGUCUCUGGCCUCACCCGAGAGGAGUUGAUCGCUCGACAACCCAUGAAGUACCAGGCCAUACUGCCGGGACACCCAAGGCCAGGGGAUUAUGAUCUUGCUGCCAUCAGUCCGUACCGGAUCCAUCAGAGAUUGGCUGAUAGUCUACGGAGUGGCAGGUUCCUUCUGGCAGCCGAUGCAGCACAUAUUUGCAAUCCCUUUGGCGGUCUGGGCUUGACAGGGGGGUUAGUCGACAUUGGAGGCUUGUACGACUGUCUGAUCGGCGUCCACGAGGGUAAAGCCGACGAGAGCAUCCUGGACAAGUACUCGGAGAUACGCCGGCAAAGGUUCCAGACGGUGACGGAUCCUAUCUCUUCGCAGAAUAUCCGGCGGCUCUAUGAUCAGGACCCGGACAAGGCUUUGGAGAAUGAUGAAUUCUUGAAGAUGCUCAAGAGUAUCGAAAACAACGUGGAGGCACAGCGCGAAUUCAUGCGGUCACCCAAUGCCCUUCGAUAUGACUUUACGCAGCAUUACAAAGGCAACCACAAGACGAUGGAGGGCGACCAGAGUGCAAAGAAUGGCAUUGUAUCCCAAGUGAAAGAAAUUGCGCCGACGGGAGGGGAAUAG